AUGUGGGGACCUCAGAUCUGUAUACUGGUAGAAAGCUAUGCUGUUUGCUUACCUCACAUUGGCAACUACUUGAUUAAAAAGCUUUGGAUUAGUCAAUAUGUAGAAAAACAAGAGUGCAGCACAUCAUAUAACCUUCAGCAACACAUUCAGACACAUGACAUAGCAAUCUCUUCGGAUUCUUUGACUGAAAACGCACCCAGCCUUAAUGUUAGAAGCAUUCCUAAUUCUGAGAGAGAAUUUAAUGUUGUCAAAUAUAAUCAAGAAGCAUUGUUUCCAGCUGAUAUUUUGAUUAUGAUUGAAGAAGAACAAGAAGAAGCCAUGGGAGAAAAUAUCUCUUCUCUUAGAGAAAGAAUAUUCAACAUGACAUCAUUGAAAAUUAACAGUAACAAGGAAUCAGAUAUCUCUACCCUGGCUUUUGAAGAUUGCCAAUCCCUUUUGGAUUGUUCUGCUGCUUCAGUUUUGCAAGCAUUUGUUGAUGGCAAUGACAGCAUGAUCUCAGUGUCAAUGCUUACAAAGGUCAUGUAUACCAUCAAUUUGUUGUUUGAGUUGAAGAAAAGAGCAGACAAGACCAAAGUAGAUUUCAAGCUGCCAAAACAUAAUAAGUUCAACAAGGUCCCUCUGUUCCCUACUACUAUCAAAAAAGUAACUAUCAAAGCUACUUCGAAUUUGGGUUCAGGAAUCACUGGUCAAGUGAAAACCAUAGACUGUCAUUUCAACUUACCUUUGAAUCACUUGCGUGUUCUCUUAGCAAACACCCAAAAGGCCUCUUAUCUUUCAGCCCUUCUAGACUACACCAAAAAUCAGUGUCUUUCUGUCCAGCAAGAAGAAAAAUGA